AUGAGGCCCAUCCACCUGCGCCGCUGCCCUCUAUUGUCCUGCCUUGGUCUUUGGAUGUUGGCCCUAGGGGCCAUCUAUUUCUACAUCAACCAAUCUCCUCAGUUGAACCAAAGAUGGCCACAGCAUUCAAGUGUCCCUCAGGGCUAUGCCAGGAUGGUGGGAGCAUCUGGGUUUGUCGAUCCCAUAAAUCAGGUUCUCACAGAUGACGAAGAUGAGGAUGCAGAAAAAUUUUUCAAGAACUUGCGACUAACAGAUCGCAAAAGCAAGUGGCAGCACACAAAAACACGUAACCCCUUAUCUGUGUCCAGAAUUGCUGAAUAUUGCAAUUCCCCAACACUUCCAGUAAGUGGUUCUGAAGGUGACGUCCCACUGAAAUACAACUUGGAGCAAGUUCACGUCUUAAUUCGACAUGGUGACCGUACACCAAUGCAUUCUUUUCGAAAUCAUCCAAACCCCACAUUAGGUUGUCGUAUUGACCAACAACUGUUUGCUGCUCACAGUCCUUACCUGGAGGGCUUUCUACCCACCAUGAUAGCAUUCCAGGCAGACCUAAGCACACCACCAUUCUCUCUCUCUCUCUCUCUCCAAUAA